GUUAGGUGGAACUCGUUUGAAAAUUUUGAAGUCCAAAAAGUUUACCAAUUCACACUCUCUUUGCUGAUGUAAAUCUGCAUCGUUUUCGGUAUACGACCUUAUCCAUAGCUUCCUCAAUCCAAACCCAUUUCACACACAACAAUAUCAUCGAUUUAUCAACCAACCCAAAUUCAAUUUUCCAACAAAAUUUUGACAUUUUUUUCAUCAGCAACAAUACCACCAAAAACAGAGAAGAACACUACAAAAUAUAUACACACACACAGUUGUAAACACGCACGCAUAGAUACAUAUAGAGAGAGAAAGUAAUCAAAGUAGAAGAACUAUAUUCUCUGUUUUAGAGAGAGAAGCAAAACCCAGAAAGUAUACAUCUUAAUUCUUCGAAUUUUAGAUUUUUUCAGCUGUAACAGAGCACCAAGAGGAGAGAAGAAGAACCCAGAAUCAAUAUAUAUAUAUAUAUACACACACACGAUUCAGAAAAGGGAAGAACUCGAGCUUUGGAGAGAGAAGCUCCAAAUGGAAGUCAAACGCCGAACGGCGAGAUCUCUGGUAACGAAGCUGAGCUCAGUAUCGGAACAAACUCGAACCGAAGCUCUCUGCGAGCUUCGUCUCAUCUCCAAACACGACCCGGAAAGUCGAUCUCUGAUCGCCGACGAGGGCGCAAUACCCUACAUCGCCGAAACCCUCUACUCUCUCUCUCCAAUCUCCCAAGAAAACGCCACCGCCACCCUCCUCAACCUCUCCAUCUCCAGCCGCGAAGACCUAAUGUCCACCCGCGGCCUCCUCGACGCCCUCUCCCACGUCCUCCGCCACCCCACCUCCCCCUCCGCCGCCCAGUCCGCCGCCGCCACCCUCUUCAGCCUCCUAACCGUCGACGAGUACCGACCCAUCAUCGGUUCCAAGCGCGACAUUGUGUAUGCCCUAAUUGACAUCAUUCGGAGCCCUAAUUCGCUCCCGAGAUCCAUCAAGGACGCCCUUAAAGCCCUUUUUGGGAUUGCUUUGUACGCGCUCAAUCGAGCGACGAUAAUCGAAUUAGGGGCCGUUCCGGCGUUGUUUUCAUUGGUGGUGAAGGACGGGCGGGUCGGGGUGGUGGAGGACGCCACCGCGGUGAUUGCUCAAAUUGCAGGGUGUGAGGAGGCUAAGGAGGCAUUUAGGAAGGUUUCUGGUAUUGGGGUUUUGGUGGACUUGUUGGAUCCAUCGACAGGGUCGAGUGGUAGGACGAAAGAGAAUGCUAUUUCGGGGUUGUUGAAUUUGGUGCAAUGUGGAGGAGAACAGGUUGCCAACAAUGUUUGCGAAAUAGGUUUCGGUGUGUUUGAUGGAAUUGCUGAUGUUGCAGAGAAUGGGAGCUCAAAAGGGAAGAACAAAGCUGUUGCUUUGUUGAAGAUACUUGAUGCUGGGAUGAAUGGUUUGGAAGACCCUCGGUUUGCUUCCUUUUUAAGCCACUCUUCAUGAAUAAGUGAUCUUUAUUUCUUUUGUUUGUUGUUAGCUAGCUUUAUGCCAAAUUUGGUUUCUGCAUUUUUAUAGUUUGUUUUAGUGCACAUAUUAGGGAAUUGAAUUGUGUUGAGUUGAUUCAUGGUGUAAUCAAAUAAUCUUGUAAUAUCAUAAUAUGAUGUAUUUUAGAUCAUAUUAACAGUUCAUGCUACUGAUAUUUGAUAUAUAAAAGAAGAAGUUUCAUUGGAA